AUGUCCAUCAUCGCAAGACGCAAGGGUGUGGAGGUGCUUCCAAUUAGCGAAAGUUCUCCUCAAGUUCCGAAUCAUGAAAGGGACCAGGAGUCUCAACCCGUCGAGCACCAGACAGCAGUCUCUCGAGAGGCCUUGCGAUGGCGACCAUCUUUUCAUUUAACAGCUCCUCAUGGGUGGCUAAACGAUCCCUGUGGCCUUGGAUAUGACCCCGCAACCGGACUUUAUCAUUUGGCCUUUCAGUGGAAUCCGAUCGGGAAUGAUUGGGGCAAUAUCUCGUGGGGUCAUUCUGUUUCUUCCGACCUUGUUCUUUGGAAGACAUCACCGCAUCCAUGUCUCACACCUUCCGCUGAUUACGAUAAUUGUGGCGUAUUUACCGGUUGCCUCCAAUCAAGCAAUAUCAAUGGUGAGCCAGGUGCUCUCACGUACAUAUACACAUCAGUGGGGCAUCUUCCGAUCCAUUACACCCUGCCGUAUGUGGCUGGAAGCGAAUCCCUUAGCUUAGCGGUCUCGCACGAUGGUGGUACAACAUGGCAGCGGCAGAAUUGCAACCCGAUCCUGCCAGGGUCACCUCCAGGUGUCAAUGUUACCGGCUGGAGGGACCCUUAUAUCGGUGCGUGGCCAUCGAUGCAGCGCCAUCCGAAUAUACCAUCCUCGAACCUCUACGGCUUCAUAUCUGGAGGCAUCGUUUCGGAGACGCCGACGGUCUUCGUUUACACAGUCAAUCCCAAAAACCUGAAGGAAUGGAAGUACAUCGGGCCUUUAAUCGAUGUUGGGCUGAACUUUCGACCAUCUCGGUGGUCCGGUGACUUUGGCGUUAACUGGGAAGUUUCAACCUUGACAACGCUAACCGACAGUGAACUUGCUUCAAGGGAUUUCAUUAUAACGGGGGCAGAGGGAUGUUUAGAGAUAGGUAACCCGCAAAAAAGGGUGCCUCGCUCGCAAUUAUGGAUGUGUGUGAAGCCGCGGUCUGAACUUGGGAAACAUUGUGGAUUUGAACCUCUCACAACAUACGCAUUUGGUGGUAUAUUUGACCAUGGCUGUUUCUACGCUGCAAAUUCCUUUUGGGACCCAGUUACAUCCCAGCAGAUCGUUUAUGGCUGGAUCACUGAGGAAGAUUUGCCAGAUAGCCUCCGCCAUCGGCAAGGUUGGAGUGGUUUAAUAUCCCUUCCAAGAGCGAUAAAACUGAUGACGUUGCAUAAUGUCAAAAAGGCACGUCGUUCAGAGCUGAAAAAAAUCACGUCCAUUGAAACAGAAGUAAAUUCGCAUGGCACCUAUACUGUCCGGACCUUGGGAGUGCAGCCAGACCAAAGACUUGGGAAACUCCGAGCCCUGGCGCGGAAAACUCAGCUUGCGAGCUUACAAUUACAGUCUGCAUCUCACCACGCUCGUCUCGAGAACACCAUACCCCUGAAGACGCCGAGAUGGGAAAUGAAUACAGAAUUCGUCGUCAAUGAGCAGUGUGCACUUGUUGGUAUUGAAAUUGGUCAUAACCCUGAAUUCUCCUGUCGUACCCUCCUUUCGUGGAAUCCAUCCGGGGAGACUUUCACAAUCAAAAGACCACAGGUUCUCGAAUCGGGAAUUAACCAUAGCCCUGAAGUGGCCCCCCAUACUCUCUUUACCUUUGAUGAUUGUGGGGAAGAAAAAGAAGAAACACUACGAGUCCAGGCAUACUUUGACAAGAGCGUACUGGAGGUAUUUGUGAACGAACGAACAGUCAUCUCGACUCGGGUUUAUUCACCAGAAGAUUCUUGCGCUGGGCUGAGGUUUUUUGCGGAAUCGAACAGUAGCCAUGCAGAUUCACAAGGUCACAACCCUGCUGCGGUUCUUGUACAUGCGAAUGUGUGGGAUGGCCUGGGGAAUGAGAGUGUAUAA